UUAUUUGAUAUGCUCUUUAUUGAUAGGAUUUCCUUUAUUAUAUCUUGAAAUGAGUAUAGGACAAUUUUGCAAGGCUGGACCAGCUGUAGCUUAUGGGUGGAUUAGACCUGCAUUUCAGGGUAUUGGAUGGUCAAUGGCCAUGUUAUCUCUUUUAAUUGGAAUUUAUUAUAAUGUUAUAGUUGCGUGGACAUUAAUUUAUUUGUGGACGAUUAUAACUGGAAAUUCUAAUCAAUUCUCUUCUUGCACUAACCAAUUUAAUACAAUUUAUUGUUCAUCCUCUUUGGAAGAUUUACGUUGUUCUAAUGAAUUAAAAACAUCGGGAGCAUUUUAUUUUAACAGAACUUGUAAUUUUGGUAAUGAUACAAUUGCUAAAACUCUGAAAGACAAAACAUUUUCUAUUUUAUCUGCUGUUAGUCCUGCCGAAGAAUUUUUUGAAUAUGUACUCGAAAAAACACCAACAUUAUCCGAAUUUGGAGGUUUAAGUUUAAAAAUGGUUAUUUCCCUUGGAUUAGCUUGGUUAUUUACUACGUUGGUUUUGGUUAAAGGUGUUGAGGUUAUGGGGAAAAUUGCUUGGUUUACGGGGACUACACCCUACAUAAUAAUUGUUAUACUUUUUAUUAGAGGUAUCACAUUAGAUGGUGCAAAAGCUGGCUUGGAUUAUUAUUUAUUGAAGCCUAAUUUAAGUGUUAUUUGGCUAGCUGAAACUUGGAGAGCUGCGGCAACCCAAGUUUGUUAUAGUUUGGCGAUUGGAAUGGGCGGCCUUAUUUCCCUCGCUUCUUUCAACGAUUUCCAUCAAAAUUGCUUCAAAGAUGCUUUUUUAAUUACUUUAGCUGAUGCUUCUACAAGUGUUUUAGGUGGAACUGCUGUGUUUAGCACAUUAGGUUUUAUGUCAAAUCAAUUAAAUAUAUCAAUUGAUGCUGUUGUUCAAAGCGGAACUGGACUUGCAUUUAUCGCGUACCCCGAGGCUAUGAGUCGAAUGCCUGGAUGGCCUUGGCUUUGGCAGUUUUUAUUCUUUUUAAUGGCUAGUUGUUAA